CUGAUGAUUAAUUCAGUUAAUCACUUUAACGGUUGAAUAAAAUUAAAAUUUCAGUUUCAGUUUUAAUUAGUCAAUUGUUUUCUUUUCUCUUAAUUUCUCUUCUCUUUAAUCAAUUGACAAUCGAUUAAUUAACAUGCUCUUCAACAAAUUACCUGAUGAUUGCCUGUUAAUGAUCUUUGAUUACUUUGAUUCUCUUGAAGAAUUGAUACAAUUAUCCAAAGUUUGUUCUAGAUGGGCUGAUUUAAUUUCUCUAAGAUUGUCCAAAGUUGAAUAUCUAUUAAGUGGUGGUAAUCGAUCAGACGAUCCGUCCAAAACUCUGAUGAUUAAUGAUGAUUUUCCAAUGAACAACAAUUUGAAUCUAACUGAAUACAUUCCCAAUUUUAAGAUUUUCCAGUUUGAAAAUAAUUCAAAACAAUGGAAUUUUGAAGCUUUCAAAAAACUGAUCACUGAGAAUCCAAGGAUUAAAGGAUUAAUUGCACCACCUCUUGAUCCAGAGUCGAAAGAUUUGACGAUUUUUGAUAAUAUCGAAAUGAUCGCUAGCGAUGUGGAUUUUCCCUUUACGGAAAUGCCAAGUCCUAAUCGGGUGACACAAUUUCAUAUAACCAAAACGAGUAUUGAGUUUUUGAUUUUCUUUGUGCCUUUCACCAAUUUGAAGCGAAUCCACGUAGAAACAGAAUGCUUGGAAGAGGACUUUUUCCCGCUGUUUUUCGGAUUGCAUAAAAAUCUCUCCAACUUGUUGAUACUCGAAUUUUCAACUAGUUCGUGGGAAGAGACGCACGGUGCGGGUUACAAUGUAAUAGAUUUUUGUCCAGCUCUUGAAAGUUUAUUCUUGCAAUUGUCAACUACCCCAUUUCGUUUCGAGGAAUCCAAGAAGAACUACAAUCUAAGAGACUUGGUCGUCGAAAGUCCCAUUAUUCAAGAUUGGACAUCUUUACGAAGUCUUUUGUCCAAAUUUCCAAAAUUGAACCAUCUCGCCAUCAGAAUCAGAUACGAAAUCAACCAUGAUAAUAUUGAAGAAUUGGUAUCAUUAUUGCCGGAGAUUAAAUUGUUGGAUUUCAGAGGAUACAGAAAUUUUACGAAAAAAUCAGCUGAUUAUUUGAGUGCUUAUUCCAGUAAAUUGGGUCGAUCAAUUGUCGUCUAUUAUAACUGCGAACAAGAGCCGUCCGAUUGGCCUAAAUUGGGACAUCGUGAUGAACGUAUUUGUUUCGGCUUCGAUUUCAUGAAAAAUUGUUUCUUCAAAUACUUUGAUCAACUUCCAUAUUUUUUGGACCAUUAAUUGAAGAUUUAGAUUUUUUUCUCAAAAUCUAUUUUAUAAUAAUAAUAAUUUGAUCUCUUCCAUGUUAAUUGUAACUUCGUUGCUACAAUUUAAGGAUAAUUGUUGAAAUUUAUCCAUAAAUUAAUCAACGAAAUUAACUAGACUGAUUGUCUUUUCAAUAGAUUGGCGAUUGAAAUUGUCCAUGAACUUGAUUCUUGAUUGUGAUUAAUUAAAUUUAAUUAACUGGUA